UUCUCCUUACUGAAGGCCACAGAAUGAGCGCAGUUGCUUUCCUCUCAGUCUGAGAGGCAGCUGCAGGUUCUCUUUUGCUUUGGCUCAGAUUUUUCUGCCAGGCUUCAGAGGAGGACCCAGCAGAUUUGCCUUCCUUUUUUUUUGGAGUUUUCUUUGAACUUUUUCUCCCACCACACUGCUGUUGCCUGGGAAGUACAAUGCCUGUAGUUGGAGUGGCUUCCAAGUUAAGGCAACCCUCCACGGUGGGCACCAAGCCGGUGCACACUGCCCUCCCUAUCCCCAGUGCUGUCAGAGCAGCCGCCUCGCAGGGCUUCAUGGCCCGGCAGCAGGAACUCAGGGCAAAAGACGGAGCCCCGGCGCUCAACUGCCAGCUUUCAGUCAGGUCGGACUACCAGCAGGAAAAGAUGCCGGCAGGAAAGUCCAAAGCAGAAACCGAGGAGAGCAAGAUCUGCAAGAUCUACACUGACUGGGCCAAUCACUACCUGGCCAAGUCUGGGUGUCCACGCCUCAUCAAAGACCUGAGCCAGGAUGUCACCGAUGGAGUCUUGCUGGCUCAGAUCAUCCAGAUCAUAGCCAAUGAGAAGGUGGAGGACAUCAAUGGCAGCCCCAGGAGCCAGUCGCAAAUGAUCGAAAAUGUGGACGCUUGUCUCAGUUUCCUGGACGCCAGAGGAGUGAAUGUCCAAGGGCUCUCAGCAGAAGAGAUCAGAAAUGGCAACCUAAAGAGCAUCCUUGGCCUCUUCUUCAUCCUUUCACGCUACAAGCAGCAGCAGCAGCAACAGCAGCAGUACUAUCAGUCCCUGGUGGAGCUCAGCCAGCAGCCCAGCAGUACCGCACCAUCCACCAGCAGCCUCAAAACACAAGAUAUGCAGUCCAGUCUUACAGCACGAUAUGCAAGUCCUCCAGGCCACAGUGGAAUAGGAUCACCACAGAAGAAAAACACAAGGUUACCAGGGCCAUCCAGAGUACCCGCUGCAGGCGGCGGGGCAUCCAGAAGCCCAGGCUCAUCCAACCUCAACCGCCGGAGUCAGAGCUUCAACAGCAUCGACAAGAGCAAGCCUCUCCAGUAUGCAAGCGGCAACGAUAGAGAAUCGGUGAGGGGCCUCCCUGUACCCAGUGGGAUGAAUGGGAGUGGUAUGGGUGGGAUGGUUCCCACCAGUCUCAGUGGGCAGCAGCUGGCCUCUGCCAUCCCCUCACCCACCUCUGGGAAGUCCUGGCGCAGCAAGUCAAUGAACCUCAAGCACAGCGCCACAUCCUCCAUGCUGGCAAGCCCCACCCAUUCACCUUCCACCACCCCUUCACCCCAGGCCCUGGAAGGUUUUCACGAGGCCUCCAAAGUUGGGUUAGGAGCUGCACCUCCGCAGAGGUCAAUGUUGGAGAAGUUCCGACUCAUUAACCCUCGAUCAGCCUCAAGAGCGUCACCAUCCAUGGCGGAAAUGACGCUGCAGGAGGAGGAUGACCUUUCGGAGUACGGGGACGAUGGACAGACCCCGACAGGGUCAUUGUGCAGCAGUGGCAGUAGCAGUGCUACCGCCAAACAGAGCUCAACAAAGACGCCAGCGUCAUCCGUUUCUGCACCUAGCAAAACCUCUUCUUCAUCCUCAUCAAAAACCUCUGCCAGUGGCAGCAGGUCCUUGGCCCCAUGCAAAGACAAGGAGGAUAAAAACAAGUCUGUGAAAUCUUCAAAAGACAGCUCUCCACCAAAAGAGGAGCGUGAGAAUUCAGCCGACUCCACUAAGAAAUCCUCCAAAAUAGCCAGCCUCAUCCCAAAGGGAGGAAAGUCAUCGUCAGGAAAGAAAGAUGGCGGCACUUCCUCUGCUGCCAGCGGCAUCCCAAAACCAGGACUUAAAGCUCCGUCCACAACAUCAGGCAAACCUCAGAGUCAGUCCCAGAACCAAGCUGCCUUAAACAGCAGCGGCAACAUGAGGACAGGUGAAGGAGAGCGAGCUAAGCUGACCAAAGGAGGACAAGGUGGGAGUUUUUACAUACAGCGCUCCGCUGGCGGUACGGAGGGGAAACGGACUAGUAUGACCUCGUCUACCAGUACCUCAGCCCUAUCUGGAACCAGUGGGAUGCUUGUAGGAGGAGGAGGUGGGGCACCGGGAGGAAACGGAGUGGUUCUACUUCCACAGCAGCAGCAACACAACCACCCCAAUACGGCCACGGUGGCACCCUUCAUGUACAGGACGUUCUCAGAAAACGAUUGCACCACGGUGGCCCCAGCCGACCCCUGUCUCAGCCCCACCAAGGGAGAGCUGGUCUACAGCAAGACAGCCAAACAGUGCCUGGAGGAGAUAUCAGCAGGAGAGGAUCCUGAGACGAGGCGUAUGAGGACGGUAAAGAACAUCGCUGACCUGCGGCAGAACCUGGAGGAGACCAUGUCCAGUCUGCGGGGGACACAGAUCAGCCACAGUACAUUGGAAACAACCUUCGACACGACGGUGACGACUGAGGUGAACGGGCGGAGUCUCCCCGCCCUUGCUGCUCGUUCCUCCCCCAUGGCCUGGCGUCUUGGCCAAACCCAGACCCCACGUCUCCAGGCAGGAGAAGCCCCCUCAAUGCCAAGCGGGUAUUCUGCGCCCAGAUCCAGCACAGCGGGCGCUACCGCCAACACAGGCCGUUACAGCGGGCACUCUGACCCCUCCAGAUACCUAACCGACAGUGGCCUCCACCUGUAUGCUAGGAAUACAGGUCGAUCCUCAGAUGUGGCUUCACCCCGAGAGAACACGCAAAGAGGAAGCAAAGAGAUGCAGGGAGACAUUGACAGUUGGGAUGACAGCAGCUCAGUGAGCAGCGGCCUCAGCGACACGUUGGACAACUUCAGCACAGAUGAUCUGAACACCCCGACGUACUCCGGUGCCAGCUCGUCGCGCAAAAGCAAGGGAGCACAGUCCCAGAAAGAAAGCAGGUCCAAGCAUGCCCAGCCGGAGGUGAGCAGCAGUUGGGUUGGCGCCGAAGACUUGAAAAAAGUGGACGAGGAGUUGGACCCGAGCAUGGACCCUAACGGUAGCCCCUCCCGCUGGAAGCCUUCCUCAUCCGCCUGUUCCCCCCAAAGCCAGGGUCAGUACGAGGACACCGGCCAGAAGGCAGCUGGGCUUGCCCAGAUGUCCCAGACGGGCUCAUGGCGGAGGGGCAUGACAGCCCAGGUGGGGAUCACACCACCCAGGACCAAGGGGAGUUCUGCUGCACUCAAAUCACCAGGUAAAACUGACGAUGCCAAGGCCUCAGAAAAGGGCAAGGUCCCUUCCAAAAGCCCCACUGGGAUACAGCGCUCACCAUCAGAUGCUGGGAGAAGUAGUGGGGAUGAAGGCAAGAAACCUCCCUCUGGUAUUGCUCGCCCACCUGCCACCAGUUCAUUUGGAUACAAAAAGAUCACUGGUCCUGCUGGCACGCUAAUUACCUCUAGCGGCGCAGCCCUCACGGGUGGCUCAGCCACCCUGGGCAAGGCCCCAAAGUCUUCAUCUGGCCUCGGCAAAGGCACAAGCAUCGGCGGGGGCCGUAAAACCAGCCUAGACGGCUCGCAGCCCCAGGAUGACGGGGUCCUCCUCAGCUGCAGCAGCUCCAAAGUCACCCUGCAGUACCGCUCCCUCCCAAGGCCGGCCAAAUCCUCUAGUGGGGCCGCAGCAGGGCGCUGCGGGCACCGCUCCAGCUCCAGCAGCAUUGAAUCAAAUGUCAGCGGGAAGUCCGCAGGUGGAGUGCCAACACAAGCGGGUGCCAAACGGAGGGAGGGAAAGGUUAGCUCGGACCGCUCCAGUCCCAUCACCAUCAACCAGACGGAUAAAGAAAAAGUAGGGGUGUCUGAACAAGACCAGGCAGGCCUGUCCACCUCUCCCAAAUCCAGCCCUACCUCUGGUUCAGCAGGCCAGACAGGCCUCAGGCAGCCAGGAUCCAAAUACCCAGACAUCGCUUCGCCUACCUUCCGCAGAUUGUUUGGCACAAAAGCCAGCAGCAAGGCAAGCUCUCCGGGUACGCCCGACUCUGGCAAGUGCCCGUCAAUCCUGGGCAGCCCCCACGGCACGCUGGCCAGACAGCCCAGCUUGGACUCGCCUUCUUCUGGCACUGGAAGCUUGGGCAGCACUGGUGGCCUGAGCGGUGGCAGCAGCCCGCUGUAUGGUAAAACCCCCGACCUGUGCACUGACUCCCUGGCUUCAAGCCCAGCCUCUGGCCUUUCCCUUCCCUCCAACGCUCGUCCCUGGCCUGCCUGUAGCUCAUCAGCUGGCAGCAAGGACACCCUGAGUUGCCAGAGUAUGACAAGUCUGCACACCAGCUCUGAGUCCAUUGACAUGCCGCUGGGCCAUCAUGGGCCAAAGGUUACCCGUACUGGCAGUAUCAAGUCCACCCUGUCCGAGGGCAUGCCCCUUGACAGAAACACGCUCCCCAAAAAGGGACUGAGGUACCCACCGUCAUCUAGGCAAACAUCCCAUGAAGACGGAAAGGAGUGGCUGAGGUCGCAUUCAACAGGAGGCCUUCAGGACACCGGGAGCCAGUCCCCGCUUUCUCCUCCAGGAGCUGCUUGCGUCAACACUGGAAAAUACCACUACUCCAACCUCCUGAGCCCAACCAACAUCAACCAGUAUAACCUGCCACCAGGCAACAGCAACAGCAGUAGCAUGAGCCGCUCAAACAGCAUCCCUGCUCAGGACUCCUUUGACCUGUACGGUGAGGGUCACCCACUAGGGGGCAGCGCCACCUCCCUGGAGGAUCGACCCCGGGUCAUCAGCCGCUCGGGCUCCUUCCGAGACAGCACUGAUGAAGUCCAUGGCUCAUCCUUGUCUCUGGUCUCCAGCACAUCAUCACUUUAUUCUGCGACUGAGGAGAAAGCUCACUCUGAGGGCCAAACAGUCCAAAAUUCCACGCAAAUCAGGAAGCUGCGCCGGGAGCUGGACGCCUCUCAGGAGAAGGUGGCGACCCUCACGUCUCAGCUGGCUGCCAACGCUCACCUUGUGGCAGCCUUUGAGAAGAGCCUCAGCAACAUGACCUGCCGCCUACAGAGCCUCACCAUGACUGCCGAGCAAAAGGAGUCCGAGUUAGCAGAGUUGAGAGAAACCAUAGAGAUGCUGAAGACCCAGAACACAGACGCUCAAACUGCGAUCCAGGUGGCGCUGAACGGACCGGACCACCUGCACAAAGACCUUCGGAUUAGACGGCAGCACUCGUCAGAAAGCAUGUCCAGCAUCAACAGCGCUGCCAGUCAUGCCAGCAUGGGCAGCUUGGGCAAGGAUGCCGAGGAUAAAAAGAAAAAGAAGAAGAGCUGGGUGGCUGAUUCCAUCCCGGCUCAGUUGCGCAGCUCCUUCAAGCAGGCGUUCAGCAAGAAGAAAACCAAAUCCCAGUCGGCCCACGACGAGAUGGAGGAGAUGACCGACUCGGUACCUUCCUCUCCCAAACUGCAGCAUGACAACAGACAGGGUAGCGUUGCCACGCUGCGCUCCUCCCCCUCCACCACCGAGCUGUGCGAAUGCACCGAAGCCGAGGCUGAAAUCAUCCUGCAGCUGAAGAACGAGCUCAGAGAGAAGGAGCUCAAGCUGACAGACAUCCGCCUGGAGGCGCUCAGCUCUGCUCACCACCUGGACCAGAUCCGAGAGGCCAUGAACCGCAUGCAGAAUGAGAUCGAGACGCUGAAAGCAGAGAACGAUCGCCUCAAGUCGAGCGGGAACGCCACACCCACGAUGACUCCUGUCAAGAUGGCCAGGCCGCCCUCAGAGGCCUCCAGCACCUCCUCAUCCUCGUCACGGCAGUCGCUCGGACUGUCGCUCAAUAACCUCAACAUCACCGACUCCAUCAUGUCUGAUAUCCUACUGGACGACGGCUACGAGGGAAACCUCCGCAAGGAAAGUCGCAGUGUGAGGAUCAUGGUUAGCAUCAGCAAUGCACCAAAAAGCACCAAGGGUCCACAAAGCCAUGAGUACCUGAUUGGCUCUAUAGGCGUCAGCGGUAAGACCAAGUGGGACGUCCUGGAUGGGGUCAUUCGUCGUCUCUUUAAGGAGUAUGUGUUCCGGGUCGAUCCUGGGACCAGCCUGGGUCUUAGCUCUGACAGCAUUGUGGGCUACAGGAUGGGGGAUGUGAUUCGCAGCCACGCGUCUGAAGUGCCUGAGCUGUUGCCCUGUGGAUACCUGGUGGGCGACAACAACCUAAUCAAGGUCAACCUCAAAGGUGUGAAGGAGAACAGCAUAGACAGCCUUGUGUUUGACACUCUCAUUCCAAAGCCUAUAAUCCAGAGGUACCUCAACCUGUUGAUGGAGCAUCGGCGGAUCAUCCUCUCAGGACCCAGCGGCACAGGAAAAUCCUUCCUGGCUGCCAAGCUGGCUGAGUACAUCAUUACGCAGAUGGGCCAGGAGGUGACAGAGCACAACGUGGCCAGCUUUAAUGUGGACCAGAACUCCAGCAAGGACCUCCGUCGGUACCUGUCCAACCUAGCAGAGCGGUGUAACUCUGAGCGGACAGACGCAGAGCUGCCUACUGUGGUCAUCCUGGACAACCUCCACCACAUCGGCUCUCUCAGCGACAUAUUCAACGGCUUCCUCAACUGCAAGUACCAUAAAUGCCCUUAUGUCAUCGGGACCAUGAGCCAAGGGGUCUCCUCCUCUCCAAACCUGGAGCUUCAUCACAACUUCAGGUGGGUCCUGUGCACCAACCACACGGAGCCAGUCAAAGGUUUCCUGGGUCGCUUCCUGCGCCGGAAGCUCAUUGAGACGGAGCUAGAUAAGAACACGCGCAGCAACGACCUGAUCAAAAUCAUCGACUGGAUCCCCAAAACCUGGCAGCACCUCAACGGCUUCCUGGAGGCGCACAGCUCCUCUGAUGUCACCAUAGGGCCUCGUCUCUUCCUGUCUUGUCCCAUGGAUGUAGAAGGUUCUCGGGUUUGGUUCACUGACUUGUGGAACUACUCCCUGGUACCAUACCUGCUAGAGGCUGUCAGAGAAGGAUUACAGCUGUAUGGGAAGCGAGCAGUGUGGGAGGAUCCGUCCAAGUGGGUGAAUGACACAUAUCCGUGGAACGCCGCCGCUCUGCAACAGGAAGGCCAGUCGCUGCUCCAGCUGAGGCCGGAGGAUGUGGGAUAUGACGGCUACAGCUCGUCCAAGGAGGGGACGUCAUCCAAGCAGGUGUCUCAGAGCGACACAGAGGGAGACCCGCUGAUGAACAUGCUGCUGCGGCUGCAGGAAGCGGCGAACUACUCCAGCACCCAGAGCUGUGACAGUGACAGCACCAGUCACCAUGACGACCAGCUGGACUCCUCCUUGGAGUCGGCUCUAUGAGCCCAUGACCCACGAUGGCAGACCUGGAUCCCUUUCCACCUCUAAACCCUGGAGAACCUUUGAACCCCAAAGACUAACAAACCCCCACCACCUUCUCACCCCUCCGCCACAAUAGUUCAACCUUCCCUUCCUGCGAGAGCAAGUGUGCAACCUGUUCAGAUCGCUAGUCCAUCACAGAACCCGCACUCUAGAGAUAUAUAAUAUAUGGAAAGUUUUAAUACCCAAAAUGUUCGCUCAAAUUGAAAGAAAAGGCCUAUAUUUUGAUGGUGCAAUAUAAACCAGAAUGUUUUUUUUUAUGUUUUCAGAACCUUACUUUAAUCCAAAAGCACUGUCCUCCUCUUUUUUUUGGACAUUUUAUAAAACAGUUCUUAUGCGUUCCUGAUGUGAAAUAUCAGUACCUCUGGUGGGGUUUUUUUCUAACAAGACACAUUUCCUUUGGUUUACUUAUAGAGGAAAAUGUCCAAAGUGUUACGAAAAUAACUAAAAAAACUGGAUUUUUCUUUUUACCCAGUUAAAUCCACGUAUGUUUACAUUAUUAGGGCUGUUUCUUUGUUACAGAGGUGCUUCUUACAGACACGCACAUACAUACACACAGAGGAAGCAGAGAGGAAAUCAUCUUUUGAUCAAAGCAUUGUAUCCAUUCAGUCUCUUGGUUGAUCACUAUCAAACGUGCCAGAGUCUCUUUUUCUUUAAUGUUUCAGGAGAUCUUUGGUUUAAAAGGGAGGCAUAAAGGGCAGGUGUAGUGAUUCCUGGGACUUCAAACACCUGAUAACGUCUGGCGAUUUGCACAAAAAUACUUUAUAUAUUUUAUUCUCCUAUUAUUUUUGGCACCAUAUGGGAGAAUUCUGGGGCUUUACAAUUCAAAUAGGAUCAGAAUUUGCCUACAUUAUAUAUAAUAAUAAUAAUAAUAAUAAUUAAUAUUUAUUAAAGACCAGGAGCUGGCCCAGGGAUGUAUGGAGAAUAAUUUUAUUUUAUUUUUUGGGGUCCACUUCCUGUUAAACUCAGUUCCCAGUAGCCACCACAGCAGAUCUAAUGUCUAUUUUAUAUUUUCAACCUUUAAAUCCUUUUUAGUUUCCUAUUGCAUAGAAUAUAUUCAUUACCAGGAGGCUAACUAGGUGAUAUUAGUAGGCUGGUUACUGCCUGCAAAUCCUAUCUUAUAAAAUAUAUUUUUAAAACAACAUAACAUGAACAAAAGGGAUGAUGGAUCCUCGGUUAGUUUUUCCACACUGUGAAGUUCCAAGUUCUAAGCAGCCACAUUUCUUUUUUUUCUUAUCCAAGGCAUAGGGUAUUAGCCUUGUUUCAGCCAGCUGACUGUCCGUGUGCAGGAGUAGCUUGGGCAGGGUGCAGCACCAGCUCAUUAAAAAGACAUUAACUCAUAAGAACAGGUUUUUAUUUUAACAUUUUAGAGGAUUUAGGACCAUUAACAUUUAUCAACAGCUCAUCAUUCAGCUCUGGGUUAGAGGCAAAGUUGACUUCGGUUACUUUUUUAAAUGUUAUCAAUGUUUUAUUAAAAACUAUUGAUCUCAAUUUUGAAUACAAUAUUUGCACCUAGCAGUUUUCGGUACUCCAGGCCAGUAGGGGGACCCUACAGAGCCCCAUUCCCUCUUUAUACCUCGGACCAGCUCUAAACUUAAUCGGCCAACAUUUCUUUAAACCUCGUGGUGCUGGGUCCGCUGGCCUGAAACCUUUCAGUGUCAGCCACUGCCAAGCUGUUCCAAAUGCCAACAACAAGCACAAUGAAAGUGUUUUAGCUGCAUGUCCCCCGGCCAUCCUGCUGGAAGAGUGUGCCAAUAGUUUCCCUUUGAUCCGACUGCCAAGUGUCCACACCUCAAAACAAAGCCCACCAUGGUUGUCCACUCAAAGUCCCUCACCUUCCAAACAACACAACCUGAGUGGGUCUUCAGCUUUAAUCAACAGCGGUGAAUGUCUACUGACUCUAGACAACAAAAUGAAGAGUACUUAAUAGAAUAACCCAGCCUCUCCAUUAAGAUAAUUCUGCCUGUGAAAUACCUGCUUUCAUCUUUGUCUGAAAACCAAUUAAAACUGUUGUCUUAUUACAGUUUAAUUAGAUCAGCCAAGAGCAGUAAAAGGGAACAAUAAUAUUGGUGCUUUCGAACUGCCUUAAAUGUUCAAAGUUUCUUAAAGCAUAUUUCACUCCAUCUAAGACAACGGUAUAUUUAAUGUCGCCUCAUGCUACCCUGCUUCCACCUUUCGUCAAAGAUGCUGCUUGAACAAGAAGCAGCCAUUACUGCUUGCGGCUCCAUCUUCUUCCUCUGAAGCACCAUUGCUUCUGUCUGAUAGUAAGAAACGAAGAGACGCUGUAUUCUAGUUCAAAAUCAGAACUAUAUUAAAUAAAGAAACAAAAAAAAGGGGGGGGGGGGUAUGUUUUAGUUGUUUUGCACCCAGUUGAGCUGGGUUAACUUGAAUUAAAAGGAGCACAACCAAACUGUUUUUGUUUGUUUGUUUUUUAGCUUGAUGAGCAUGUUUUUGAAGCUUUUAAAAAAAAAAAAGUGGGUGAGGGGCGCUUUGAGGAGGGAUCUUCACCUUGAUGAACGCGCGUACUGGAUGGAAGAAGCCAUUUUGAAUUUUGAUUGUCCUCUUUUUGUUUAACUGGGUCGGUUUUGCACACUUUAAGGAUCGGGUGGGCUGUAAAUACUUAUAUAAUUCUUGCACAUUGAAUCAAAGACGCAUUUUGGCCGGUUGGUGUUACAAAAUGCAAAACCCGCUGACGAUAUUGCCGUACUAUGAAAAACAGAGAUAAAAAGAUGCAAAAACUCAACCCGCUGUCAGAAACACGUCUGUGUCUUGUGGUGAUUUGAUGUUUUGCCUAUGCAGGAGGCAUUAGCUGUAUAGUAAUAAAACUGUUUGAACUCACUAAACUGAAAAAAAUGUAGGCACCUGUCCAAUACUCCUUAUUCUACCAUGAAAUACUCUUAAUCCCCGCUGUCUUUAGAAAUGCACGAUGUUUCUUAAAGGGAUUGUUUGGGAUUUUUAAAGUGAGGUUCUGUUAAAGAAUUACAAGCGGUUAAUUAUUACCUCCAGUAGAUAACUCUCUUGUCAUCUUUAUUUGGUAUAAAUCCAGACUAGUUGGUCCAAGUGGCUAAAGUUAAUGGCUAGUCUGAGAAAAGCAAAGGCCAAAAAAAAACUCUUACCUUCUCAAAACAACUCCAGUCUCACGGAACGUCAUUGUGUCACUUUGUAUCUUUUGGGUUUAAGCUGUUUUUCUCCCAAGAUGUCUCGUCUAUGCCAUACUAGCGAACUUUGAUGCCUUAUUUGACGACAACAAUCUAUAAGUCUAAUACAUUACAAAGAAUUUUGUGAGAAAACAGAAUUGGCGAAAAGGCAAAAGGUCCCGCAGCCGUUUUGGGAACAAUGGGAAGGUAAUUUACCUGGAGACACCCACAAGGAUCGUUGUGUGUAAAAACUUAGUGUAGGCAAAGUGAAUUUGUUGUUUUUUUGUCAAAGGGACUAAUUGAGAGUGUAAAAACCCAAUAAGCAGCUUCCACAUUGACCAAAAGCAGUAGUUUUACUUCCAGAGACCUGGUUUGGGAGUUGUCACAUUUUGGAGACUAAGAACGUCAUUCUCUUGCCAUUUUUAGUAUACAGACAAAGUCCUUGGGUCUUGCUGUGUUUUUAAACCCCUAAAGUGGAAAUUUUUCUUUCAUUCUUAGCACUUGUUUCACACAGGAAGAUUGUUGGUUGCGCACUGCUGCCAACCUGCGAUUCCAUUAUAAAGAGUCAGAUUCUUGGGCAAUUAACCACCCACUGCUAACAUGACGAUGGUUUCAAGUUUAAAACACAACAGUCAUUUAAACUUCAGUUUAUUUCAGUUAAGAUUGUACAGAUCAUUGGCCAUUAGCUUCAGCUAGUGGAAACCAUUGACCUGGGUGUAUACCAAAUAAAGUUAACCAGUGCGGCUAAGAUAUUAAGUACCUAGAACUUCUCUUUGAAUCCUGUACAAUCCCUUUAAAAACCACUUCCUCUCUGGUGACUUUAGCCCUAACUCACCACAACCUUAGGUUGCAUAGCUGUCUGAGGCACAGAAGUUGACCCGACACCGUACUGUACAUCUAACAGGUGCUAAUGGUCAGUAAGAAGCCCACCAGAGACCAACAAGUCUUGUUGUCAUAACCUCAGGCAAACCUCUACAAUCCUACCUGUACUCAGCUUCACACGUGUCUCUGCAGCCCAGCCUCGGAUGGUUGCUAACCAGAUGGUGUAGUUGCAUGCCAAGGGUGAAAUGACUGUGUUUACAGGUUGCUGUCUACCUAGACCUACACCCAUGUAUCAGAACCUAUGUACGCUCCUGUUAUAGGCCAUUAGCUCCCAAGAUAACAGCACUUUGACACCAUUAACAGUGUACACCAUUGUGUUGACAAGCAACUGGUCAUUUUUUUCCACUUUACACUUUAGAGUUGCAUCUCAGCUGGAGACCAUAGCAUUUACUCUGGUUUGACAGAAUGUUUUGUUUCUUUCCGGGUGAAACAUUUGUCCUUAAAUGUUUUAUAUUUUGUACAUUUGUAUGUAACAUAUCAUGUAAAUAUGCAGAGACGGUGAUUUAACUCAUCUGGAGGAUUUUGUAGUCUUUGUAAAGCCCUAAUAAAUGGUAUUUGGUGUCACUCAA